GUUCAGUCCUGCAACGGUACCGGUCGAUCCUCGCGUCGUUGUGUAAUAGUGAAAAAUUUAGUUCGCAUCCCAAAAGUCAACCAGACCGCAGCUUCCGACGUCGUGGUCCAACUAGAAGAGAUACCAGCUGUCGAAUUUGUGGAUGAUGGUGUGGGUUACUGACUACGAUUUUGACCCAAAGGGUCGCAAAAUGAAUCCGGAAUCGGUGUCACACCUGGAGCACAUGUGUUCGCUCGAUAUUGACUCGGCGACGCCAUUCGUGCGCCUGUCCGGGAUCAUCUGUACCAUUGGGCCGGCCUCCGUUGCGCCGGAAACGCUGGAGAAGAUGAUGGCCACCGGUAUGAACAUUGCUCGGUUGAACUUCUCGCACGGUUCGCACGAAUACCACGCAAAUACCAUCAAGAACAUUCGUGAGGCGGUGGACAACUACUCGAAGAAGCUGGGCAAGCCAUUCCCGCUCGCUAUCGCCCUGGACACCAAGGGUCCGGAGAUUCGUACCGGUUUGAUCGAGGGCAGCGGAACCGGUGAGGUUGAGCUGAAGAAGGGUGAUAAGAUUCAGCUGACAACUAACAAGGAACACCUGGAGAAGGGUACCAAGGAGAUGAUCUACGUUGAUUAUGUAAACAUUGUGAAGGUGGUUAAGCCGGGUGAUCGUGUCUUCGUUGACGAUGGUUUGAUCUCUUUGGUUGCUGACAGUAUUAGCGGUGAUACACUGACUUGCACGGUAGAGAACGGUGGUAUGCUGGGUUCUCGUAAAGGUGUCAACCUGCCGGGAGUUCCAGUCGAUCUGCCUGCUGUGUCCGAGAAGGACAAGUCUGAUCUACAAUUCGGUGUAGAGCAGGGAGUCGACAUUAUCUUCGCCUCGUUCAUUCGUAACGCCGCCGCCCUCAAGGAAAUUCGUGGAAUUUUGGGAGAGAAUGGUAAGAACAUCAAGGUUAUCUCGAAAAUCGAGAACCAACAGGGUAUGCAGAAUCUGGAUGCGAUCAUCGCUGCUUCCGAUGGCAUUAUGGUCGCCCGCGGUGAUCUGGGUAUCGAAAUCCCUGCCGAAAAGGUCUUCUUGGCUCAGAAGUCGAUGAUCGCUCGUUGUAACCGUGCCGGGAAACCAGUAAUUUGUGCUACUCAGAUGCUGGAGUCCAUGAUCAAGAAGCCACGCCCAACCCGUGCCGAAAUCUCCGACGUUGCGAACGCCAUCAUUGAUGGAGCUGAUUGUGUUAUGUUGUCUGGAGAGACCGCCAAGGGCGAGUACCCUCUGGAGUGUGUACUAACAAUGGCUAAGACUUGCAAGGAAGCCGAAGCUGCCUUAUGGCACCGCAAUCUCUUCAAUGAUCUGGUCAACACAACCCCAAAUCCACUGGAUACUGCGUGCUCAAUUGCGAUCGCAGCUGCCGAGGCUGCCAUCAAGAGUCGCGCCGCUGCUGUUAUCGUGAUUACUACGUCCGGACGCUCUGCCCAUCUCAUUUCCAAAUACCGACCACGCUGCCCAAUCAUCGCCGUCACUCGGUUCCCUCAAACUGCUCGCCAGUGCCAUUUAUAUCGUGGCAUUUUGCCUGUAAUAUACGAACAGUCGGCCAUGGAAGACUGGCUGAAGGAUGUCGACGCACGCGUCCACUACGGCAUGGACUUCGGAAAGGAACGUGGCUUCCUGAAGCCAGGCAACCCGGUGGUCGUUGUCACCGGUUGGAAGCAAGGCUCUGGUUUCACCAACACCAUCCGCAUUGUGAACGUUGAAUAAAUUCGUUUGCGCCUACAUCGUAUCUUCAGCUAACCCUACCAUAUUGAUUGUUGCAACCAAUACUGAUUGGCAGUCGUAUUACUGUUAGGCCGUUCAAACAAAACGCCGUACAAAAGCACUCUCAUCCUAACCGUUAACCGUUUUGAUUUUGUGCUGAGGAAAAACAAUUUCCAAAACACCUCAACAACGCUUGUCUUUGCCGGACUGAGUAACAAAGAUAUCAAUGUCCCUAAUUCGCACUUUUGUUGGGCAAGUAUAGGAUGGCUAUUGAUGUUCAAAAAGGUUUGUAUCGGAUCAGCGUUAUCUCAGACAUGAUUUGGUUAACUUCUAAAUUAUUUAUGCAUGAAUGUAUUGGAAAGUGAUGUUAAUGAUACACAAAUAAAACUAGAAAGAGUAGCAUAUGCGUUACUGUU